GCUUGCAAAUGCGAAUGCCCGGCUUUGAAGAUUUGGCUAGGAAACAUGUCCAACUCGGUUAAUAUAUCCGUGGAGACAACGUGCGAGAACCAGAUACGUGAGAUCGCCUACGAUGGCACCGAGCUGUAUCAACCACCGCCGACACUUUCCGAGAGUCUUGCAAAGUGCGCAGCUCGCAUAGACUUCAGCAAAACUUCGUUGGAAGAUCUGAAGAAGGAGGAAAAAUCAGCCGCUGCUGCCGAAGAUGACAACAAGGAUGCCAAUCAAUUCCAGGAGAGCCUAUGGCCCUGGGAUGCAGUACGCAAUAAGCUGAAGGAUGCAUAUACCGAAAUCUGCGUGCUAUCCGACGUCAUAUCUAUUGCCAAGGACAAGCGUUACCUGGUGCUGGAUCCGCUGCUGGAGGAUGGCGAUGACACCAAGCCCAUUGUGCAGGUCUAUAGUCGCAAAAAAGCCAUCUCGCAGGCUGCCCAAGUGCUGUUGAGCGGUGCCGAGCGACUACGCAAUGCUCACAGCGAGCAGCGCAGUCGCAACAUUUCCGACUUUCAUAUUGAGCUACUGCGUCUGCGUCAGAAUUGGCGAUUAAAGAAGGUAUCCAAUGGUGCCAUCAUUGGUGAUCUAAGUUAUCGCACAGCGGGCUCCAAGUUCGGGAUGAGCGGCACUUUUGAAGUGACCAAAGCGGAGGAUGCGCUCGACGAGGAAGGGGCCGGCAGUAGUGCGAACGCCUCUGCUGCUCCCAGUAGCAGUAGCAAUAAUGGCAUGCAGCCAAAAGCUAGCUCCGCGCUGCGCGUCAUUGUGCCCGCUGAGCUGCAGGGCGUAGCAUAUAUUAAGGUCAUCACCCAAAAGGAUCAAGAAGAUCUGUGCACCGCGCAGGUGAAUCUAAUGGGCCAUGGACCAAACAUUACCGCCCAGGUGGGCGUUUGGCAAAAGUCCUUGGAGUUUGCACAGAACGUGCUCUUCUGCAAGGAACUGUUCGCACAGUUGGCACGCGAGGCGAUUCAGCUACAGGCGCCAAUUCCACAUGUGGUUAUUGGUAAUCAGAUACGUGCCACGCUGCUGCCCAAUAUUCAGCUAAUCAUCUCGCUAUGCCACUCGACCAGCUUCGAUUCCAGCCAGCCGGCGCCUAUUAAUGAUCAUGAUCAUGUGCUGGAGCAUUCGCUGCAUCAGCUGCUGCGCGAGGUGCAUUACAAGAACUCACAUCAUCCGUUUCCACAUCCGGCAAGCGCUCCAUUGGGUCCCAGCAAGAAACGCAUGCUGGCGGGGCCUACUGCCGCGGACCGUGAGGCGCUGCUGGACAUGACAAAGACGCAGACAAUACUGGAGCAAAUCAUUGCUCAGGCUCAGCACAUCUUUAUGAGAAAGCGCACACAGUAUGUGUUGGAUACGCUGGCUCGCGAUGUCAAGGAUCCACAAAUUGUUUCGCACUGGAAUGCAAUGAACAGCCCCACGAUGUCUUGUGUGAAGAUUAAUAUUGUGACGCAUGGUUAUGAUGCCAUCGGACGCACUUCUCUGGUUAUACACGUCAAGGAGCGUUCGCUGAAGUGCAUCUGCCGCGAUGGGCGCGUCAUGAAGCUGUCGUAUGAGCCGCAGGAGCUGCGCGAUCUCAUACUAUGCCAAAUCAAUUCACAUCAGAUCAGCUGCCUGGUGAGCCUGGCGCGUUACAUGGCCUGGACGGUGCUCUCGAAUAGCAAUCAUCUCGGAAUUGGCAAGGUAGAGCCGCUCGGCAAUGCCAGCUCCUGUCUGCUCGCCUCGCCCAACAGCGAUCGCAUGAUUGCCGUGCAGAUACGCUGCGAUCCGCAAAUCGAUGUCAAGGUUUAUAUAGCGCGUAGUCCACGUCAAGAUUUCUUUCCAAGUCCACUUGUGCCAGAGAAGUUCUGGGAGAAUUUGGGUGGCAAUUUUAAGGAGGUGCGCUUUGAUAAGAUUGAGGGCAAGAGUUUUCUUAAUAAAAUGGAAUUUCUGAUGGCAUCACUGACGAGCAACACGGCAUGAAAGACCCAUAAUUUAAUUGUCUAGCAUAGUAUUUAUAAUUAUAAAAAAUGUUAUUCAAGUAAGCGCACAGUAUGUUCAAGCUCAGGCUCGAUUAAAGAUAGCAGCU